AUGUUUAGCCAUACUCUACUUCUAGGACCAAUUGCUCUAUGUUUACUUUGUCAUGCACUUCAUACUGACGGUGUUGGAUUACGUCCUACUAUCCAAGAGGAGGAUGGCAAAACCAAAAGAAUUUUUACAAGUUUGAAGUCAAACUCCAUUGUAAUGACAUCUGUUGGACAAGAUUCAAGUUCAUGGGGUGAACCAUAUUUUGCAGUGCACCAAACAACAACUACUCGAGGUCCUCACGACAACUACUAUGGCUUACAUGUCACCACGGAUGUGUAUAGCCACAAUCUAAGACCCGGCCAGCAGAGUUCGACUGCAAUUUGGGUUAAUCAUGUUGGAGAUGGUGUUAAAUCAAGCUUAAAUGCAAUUAGUAUUGGCUGGCAUAUCUAUCCAGAGCACUAUGGCGACUCACAUCCACACUUCUAUACUGACUGGACGGUGAUGUGUUUAUGAUUUGCUAAAAUAUACAUCUUACUUUGAGGGGAAACAUAUAAAUAAGGUUCCUGACAGUUGAAUGAACAUAUAUGCAACAGAGAGAUGGAUAUGCUCAAACUGGAUGCUUAAACAUAGACUGCCCUGGCUUCAUAAGGGUGAAUCAUGCUGUUAUAGCUCCUGGCGAUGUUAUACACCCAGUUACUGGUGUCCCUGGUGGACGUGUACGGAAUAUCACACUCAGGCAGCUUAAGG